UGCAUAUUCGUGUGUGUAUCUGUUCAUUUAUGAGACGCGCCGCCGCUUCUUCGACUCGGUUUAGUCGGUCGAUAGCUAUCUUUAAAGCUUCGAUCUUUCCUUUGAAUAUAACAAAACUCACGUCCAGAUGACAGAUUGACCAGAUCCUUACUAAAGAUCGGAGCUUUCCCAAAAGUGUGAUCAUGAGAGCGAGAUUGGUGGUGUUCCCGAUCAAAGGGAGGAAGUGGUGUUUCAGCAGAUCUGUUGAUCCUUUCGCUUCUCAGACUCCCUCCGGUGUUACUCCGACCACUCUACGAGGUUUAUGGAAGAAGUUAUCGUCUGAGUCGAAGCCCAUCAAUGCCAACGCAGAGCUUCUUGUCGAUUUCAUCUCUGACAAGAUGAACAAAGCGUGGACGGGUCUUGAGAAAGCGCCUGAAGGGUCAAUGAAGAACAAGAUUCAUGGGUUAGGAUUGAAGCUUCUGGCUCGUGUUAAGCCGUCUGAAAUAUUCUUGAAGUCUAUAUCUAAGGAGGUCACUUCCAUACAAGUCUCUUAUCCUCCUAGUUUAGAUCCUAGACUUGUACGCAGGAGACUACGCCACAUUGCUUUGAGUGGAACAAUCCUGCACAAGAAGUACCUGAUUGGUUCAGUAACUUUGCUUCCAUUGACCAGUGCAUUUAUGGUAUUGCCAUUACCAAACAUUCCAUUCUUCUGGGUCUUAUUCCGCACAUAUUCCCACUGGCGAGCUCUUCAGGGAAGCGAGCAGCUGCUUAAGCUCCUCCCAAACCAAACUGAUGAUGAAAGCAAUAACAACAAGAAGAAGCCUCAAUCUCCCACAUGUGUUUUUCUGCCAUCAGAGGAGCUAUGCCAGCUACUUGGUGAAGCUAGCGAGGAAGGAUGGCUUAGUGAGGAGACCAUAGUAGAGAUUUGCAAAUUAUUUCAUCUCAAUAAGAUUGAUGUUCUUAAAUAUCGCAAUCUAGUCUAACUCGUUUGUUUUGCUUGGAACAAAUUUUCAGAUGUUUGAACCUAAUUUACGCUCCAAUUCUUUUUAAGUGUUUUUCUUUUCUGUUCA